AUGGCAGCACAUCAGGYGUUUGGCCCUGCCCUUGAAGGUGGUUAUGAAAGAUCUGUUAUCAACUCAAAUCUCCCGUGCUUAAAAAGUUUCGAGCAUGAGGUCUCUGAAAUAUGYAAAGAAAAUCUGGCACUAAAAGACCAGGUUGCUGCUCUUCAAGAAGCUGUGAAUGUCCAUGAGAURGAGUCCAAAGCUAACAGAGAAACUAUCAUGAGAUUGGUUUCAGAAGUGAGCAAGGAGCAGAAAAAGGCAGCAGGAUACUAUCAAGACAUGGAAAAACUUGGCAAGGAUCUUGACAUUGCUAUAACAAAGAGACAGAAUUUAGAGAUGGAGAUCAGAAACCUCCAAGAGAARCUGGCUGUCAACCAGAAAGCUUUGGACACCUCAAAGCAGGAAUUGCACAAUCUGAAGAARUCUUCCAGGGAGUUAGAUGGAAGCUUGAAGAGCAGCAGAGAAGAGGCCAGGACUGCUCAGAGCUCUUUAGAAGCUUUUAAAGAAGAAAUUGCUACCCUGCUCCACUGUGAAUCUGCAAUAAUUAAACCUUCUGAGAAGGCCAUUUUGGAGAGGAUCAGAGAAAUAAAUUGCAAAGAGGAGAAUAAAGACAUAAUGGUGUCUCAGCUUGAAACCCAAUUAGCUAAAUUGACUGAAGCUUUGGAAAAUCAGACCAGAUUGUACCAUGAAGCUCUGGAGAGGAGCCAGAAAGCUGAAAAAAGUUGCGAGAAUUUCCACGAUCAACUGAAGCACUUGGAAGAGGAAUUACUAACUGUAGACCUGAUGCAAGAUGGUUUGAUGCUUGAGAAACAAAAAUAUCUGAAGUUUCUGGAGCAACUUAAUGAGAAGAUGAAGCUGGACAGUGUAGCAGCAGAGGUUGGAUUUGAUAUGACUAUGGAUGCGAUUCUGGCCCGGGCAGAGCAGUUGGUGAAACUGGAAGGUGAGGCUGUGGUUGAAAACAAGACCGUGGCAUAUGGCCUCAGAAGGAAGUUGAAGGCUCAGAAAGAAAAACUUGAAAGCAGAGAGCUGCACAUGAACCUUCUGCGGCAGAAAAUAACUCAGCUGGAAGRAGAGAAGCAAGUAAGGGCUGCCUUAGCUGCGGAAAGGGACGAGGCCAAUCUCACUGUCACAAAGUUACAUAAGAUGAUAGAAAGGCUACAGAAGCAGCUUGAUCUGGCRAGAGAAACAAAUACUGAUCUCAAAGCCAAGCUGUCUGAAACCAGUGAACUUAAGAUCAAAACUUUGGAGCAGAACAGAGCAAUAGAGGAACUCAAUAAGUCYCAAGACAGAUUGGAAAGAAUGAAAGAAAAAGCUGAGAAACAGCUUAGAUCUGCCAAAUCAGAACUUGUUUUAAAGGAGCGCAAAGCUACUGAAGAUAAAGAAAAAAACAAAAAUAUGUUAGAAGCACUUACCAGUGAGAUGAAGGUGCUUAAAACAACCCUUGCAGAAGUAGCAAAAAGAGAGAGACAGCUGGCGGAUUUCCGAGAGGUGGUGUCGCGGAUGCUGGGGCUCGACACUGCCAGCCUGGCCCUUCCUGACUAUGAAAUCAUCACACGCCUCCAGGGGCUGCUUCACUGUCAUUGGCACCACUUCUUCCCCUCUGUCUGCCCCAAAGAUGGGGCAAGAACCCCAGAGGAGCAGCAGAGAAACCACCCAGCUUUUUCACUAAGAGGAGAUGGAGCAAACUAA